ACCCUCAACCCCACUCACUCCGAGCUGUGGGGGUCCCGUGGCGCAACGUUUCCUAAGCUUUCGCCACCGCAUCAUGUCGUCUUACCGGCCCUCAAAUGGCAAAGCGCCCGUUGAUGAGGUCGAGACGGUGGACCUGACAUUCUCCUCGCCAGAGCCUGAGCCUCAACCCAAGCAGCCGCACCAACAACGACAAUAUGAUCGAUACCUAACCAAGCAGCGAGUCUCGGGUUACCUUAAGAAAGAGCUCGGACGGACGCCGAUCAGGGCAAACGGCGCGUCGUCGAGUAGUUCACGACACCACACCGCCGCCGCCAACAUCUCAGACCCCCUACCCUCAGUCUCUGCGGAGCAUCUUCGUCAGAUUAUCAACACGAGCUCACCGCAAAAAGUCGCUGAGCUUUUACUUGACCUUUGCAAGUCGUCACCUGCGCUGUCCGGGGCGGUUGCGCGCGGCCUAGCCCCCCACUCGACCUGGGCUCAGAAUACCAUUAAGGACUAUCAGCGGAGGACCGGGGUGGCACAAGUUAAGUCAGAGGUGGGAAAGCCAUCGUCAUCUUCAGGGGCCAUUCCAGGACGAACCUCCGAGAAUCGCAGCUAUGAAUCACCUAGGACACCGUAUUCAAAGGCUCCUGUCAGAUCUGAGGUAGGUAAAUUCAAGGCGGACUCUGAUGACAGUCUGAGCGAUCUGGAGAUGAUUCUUGCGCAACCCAGCCGUUCUUCAAGAGGCAAGGCCGUUGCCGGACCGACUUCCUCAAUUCAUCGCGCUGCGCCUGAUGAAACCCCGCCAUCAUCAAUGCAUCUAUCUCAGCCCCCGCUACCAGUCAGGGUUAAGCCGGAGCCGCAGAUCACCGCACUGCUAUGCAUGCAAUGUGAUAAGAUGAUACAGCCGGGAACGAACUGUCUUUACCAUCUGGGGCGUCCCAAGAUGUCUACGCAAGGCAGUCAGAAGAUCCAAUUGUGGACCUGCUGCAACAAACCCUUGGACGCUGCCGGAUGUUGCAACGGAGACCACAUUCCCCUGCGAGAAAGCACUUACGACCCUGUCCCCACAUUGACAGGACCCAAAAAGCCCAGAUUGGUCUAGUCGUUCACGGAAAAGAAUCUCGAGUGCACUCAUUAUUCCAGAAGAGGCGAUAUGCAUGGCGAUAGAAUUCGAGACACGGAUUCCCGACUGUGGUGCAGUGUGGCCGUGCGGCGUGGGUGG